AUGUCUAUGACUAAUGCUGAAAGAAUGAAAAAAUAUCGAGAGAAAAUCAAAAAAGAUAAAGUUAAAUAUGAAGCAGUGAAAGCAAAAGAUCGUGUUCGUUAUAAUUCAAAAAAGCAAAAGCUGACAGGAGCAAGCUUAGCUGAAUUUCGUACCAAAAACAAACUUCGUAAACAAAAAUCUCGAGAAAAUAAAAAAAAAUGUUUAGUUAAUAAACCUCCUCCAAGUUCCUUCAAAAGUCGUCAAUCAUUUGGUAAGGCAUUGAAAAAAAUAAAUUCUUCACUCGCAAAAUGUAAUAAAAAGAAAAAAGUUAUCAUUCAGCAUCUUGCUGAAACAUUUGGUUUGAUUCCUAAAUCCAAACAUCAACGUACUACAGUUCAACUUGCUGAUCAACUAAAAACUGACGUUUAUAAUUUCUAUUUACGAGACAAUAUUUCAUAUCAAUUACCAGGUAAAAAGGACACAAUUGUUAUUAAAGAGGACGAUGGAAGUAAAGUAACUUAUCAGAAACGAAUUUUGUUUAAUAAUUUACGUGAAACUUAUGAAUUAUUUAAAGAAGAGAAUGACAACGUUUAUAUAAGUCGAUCUUCGUUUGCUGAAUUAAGACCUCCUUUUGUUAUUCCAAAAGCUGCUUUAACACAUAGGAAUUGCUUGUGUUUGUAUCAUGAAAAUGUUUGUUUACUUUUAAAAGCUCUUGAUAAAUAUGUUGCUGGCAAAUGCUGCUCAUCUUUGCAAACAUUUACCGAUAGUUUAGUUUGUAGUACUAAUAACGAAGAAUGUAUGUUCAGUAGUUGUUCACUUUGUAAAGAUUUUUUUACAGAAAAAAAUUGA